UGCGCGCACGCGCUGUGACACGAGUCACGCGUGUGUUUCUCCUGGCGGAACAGCCAGACCGGCCCCACCCCCUCCGCUCCUCGUCUGCCCGACUCCCCCAGGAUAUUUUUAGCCCCGAUGAUGCGUCCUGGCACAGCACGGAACGGAACCACCAUCAGAGCCAAACGAGAGGACGGAGCUGUUGCUGCGGGUCUACAGAGGGUCUGACGUCUACAGAGGGUCUGAGGUCUACACAGAGACGGGGGUCUGAGGUCUACAGAGGGUCUGAGGGUCUGACACCGACCGGCGGACGGGAUGAAAUCUGAAAUAAAUUCGGUGUUUUCUGUGCUGGUGCUGCUCACUGGAUUAUGGCAGAUAGCUGCCGCCGACAUCCUUUCAUCCACAUCAACGGCUCAGUUCACCCCCCCUCUGAAACCCCCCGCUGCUGAGGGGAACGCCACAGAAUCCCUCCCCACCUUUUCAUCUCCAACAGUCCAGGACGCAGGCUUCAAAGCCCCCGCCUCCAGCACACAGCUUCAGCCUGACUUCCUGCUUACAGCUUCCACACAUCAGAGCUCAGCUCCUGGUCGGACCCCCGCAGGACCCCCACACCAGGAUCUUCCAUCCGAACUGAAUGUUGGAGAUGAAGAACUGAAGGGGUCUCGUCGCUCCAGUUCUCCUCUGGACCCCCUGCUGGCUGCUCUGUUGUCUGUCUUCAUCGUAACCACUGCUGUCGUCUUCAUCGUUCUCUUCUUCAAGUUCCGCCAGCGAACAAACCACCCUGAGUUCCACCGGCUGCAGGAUCUCCCCAUGGAUGAUUUGAUGGAGGACACGCCCCUCUCCAUGUACGCUCACUGAUGGAAGCCCACAUCCUGUGUGUCGCUGCCAAACACGCAGACAACAUGUGAGGAUCAAGAUCCAACGAAGACCACGUGGGAUGUGAGAGAAACUUUGGCUUGGAUGCAGCUGCGUCUCAUCGAGUUUCUUGUUGUGACUCAAAGUUUUGUGAGAAAAAUGAUUGUCAGUCUUUUAAAUUGAAAAGUUUUCCUUCUUAGUCACAUUCCCUUAAUAAUUCUGGAGAGUUUUAGCUUUUGUGGAAAUGAACAGCACCUCUCACCUGGACUGAACUGACUCCUUCUGCACAGCACUUUAAUGUGGCUCCAAUGAUCACACUGCACCCUAGAGGACAUGUGAGGUAAUGCGGCUCCAGCUGGGACACCUUUCAUCCAGUCAUAAGGGACAGCCUGGACAGGGUCUCCAGUCCAUCACAGGGACACGUAGAGACAAACCACCACUCACACCAAGAAUUAAGGUUUACCAAUCCACGUACAGUAACGUGUAUGUUUUUGCUCUGUGGGACGAAACCAGAGGAGGAAACCCAUGUGUUCACAGGGAGGACGUUAACUCCACCCAGGCCGGGAGGUGAACCUGAGCCGGCUCUAACAUCUGCACUGCCAUGCUGUUUGACAGGUUCCUCAGCAGAUCUGUCGUUAAAAUUUAAGGUUAUCAAACAGCAGAGACACAAACUGACCGAAGACGUUAAGUGACUCACUGUAACGUUGACAACUUGCUCCAAAACAUUUUACAGCACUUAUUUAUUUGACCAAAUAUUAGUGAAGUGCACUUUUAAGCCAAACUGCUGCCUUAAAAAAUUAGAACUAUAAAAUCAAAAGUCAUAUUUUGAUUGAACCUUUCCCCUCCAUGAAAAAAAAGCUUCAUUUCAAAUUAUUUAAACAAUUUAGCUGAAAUGAAAAGUCUAUAUGUUAUAAAGUUGAUGUUAUAUGAGCCUAGAGCUUACUUAGUGAUUUUUUAUUGGGUGUUAAAUUAACACAGCGCUGCAUUAAAUCCACUCCUAUUAAAGAUAAAACAGUGACUAAAUGUUGUAAAACUUUAAAAGGUUGCUAAUGACUAAGCAUUUCUGCAGCUCAGUGUCUUGUUCUGUAAGAGGGAGUGCCAUGAAGCUAAGCUGUUGCCUCAUAGUGUUGACGUUCCUGUUACAGAUAAAAAAUAAUAAUAAACAGUAAUGUAUUUACAACUGAAAUGUAAAAAUAUAGUUUUAUGGAAGAUUUCCUGUUUAAUAUUAAAACAGAAACCACUUUG